AUGGGUGUGUCAAUUGAGACAUACAGAUUACGAAUUGGUUCGCAUAACAACUUUGUGCAAGCACGACAGUGCAUGAAUCAAAUGAAAGGUAAAUUUUGGAACCAUAUGUUAGUAAUGUUCUACUUAGAAAUAUUUUAUUUACCAUGCUUGAAAAAUAUAGUUACCAGGAUUGAAAAUAAUAAUGAAGUUUGCAUGUGGUAUACACAAAUGGUAUCUUAUCAUGUUUAUGUACCAUUGCUAUUGAGGCUUGCAAAUGAUGUAGAGGAAAAUCCAGGCCCAAUUAAUAUCUAUGAUAUUGUUGAUCAUAGUUUUACGGUUCGAGCAGACUUCAACCAAGGUAAUAUAUCCAUGUUUGGAAUAAAUGCUGGAAAACAAUGUGUUGCCAUGUCAAUUUAUGCUAUUGUAUACAAUGAAAUAAAAUCUGUUAAUAUUUGGGAUACACCACUUAUGAACAUGCUUCUAGUUAAUGCAAACAAUCUUUAUGCCAUAAUUAGUCAGCACAUUCAGAAAGAUUUCUUGCUGCUCACUGAUGUUCCUGAAAUAUUGUCUAUCAACAAUGAUACUUUUAAUUUGGAGUACAGUGACUCUUUUUCUGGAGCUUUAUGGAUGGCUCGCAACAAUGAACCGUAUGUUACACUUGAACAUGCCUUUCAUGAAGUAUUUGAUACUGGUAAUUAUAAAGCAUGUUUACUUACUAUUCGAGCAAACACUGUUGCAGUUUUAAUGCCUUUCCCAGAUGUAUUCAAAGUUUUUGAUUCUCAUUCACGAGAUAUGCAUGGAAUGCCAGCGGCAAUGGGUUAUAGUGUUUUAGUUUCUAUUGAAGGAAUUCAAAACCUUAUAAGUUUUUUUCAUAACAGUUGUAACUAUCCUGGACAAAAUAGCGAAAAUAGUCUAUUUGAAUUGAAGGGUGUUAAAUGUCAUAGAAACAUUUCAUUGUCAAAUAGUUUGGAUAACACAGCAAAUGACGACACAACAUCAAAUAUCCAUGAACAACUAACAAAACAACAAGAGUCAGUUAUAGAAAGAGAAAACAGACUUACAAAGCUAAGAGAGAAGCAAAGAGAGAAAAGACAACAAGCAAAACAAAAAGAGUCUGUUGCAGAGAGAGAGAAUAGACUUGCAAAGCAAAGAGAGAAAAGAAAACAAGAAAGUGUUUCAGAGAGGGAAAAUAGACUUGCAAAGCAAGGAGAGAAAAGAAAACAGGCAAUACAACAAGAAACUGUUAGAGAGAGAGAGAGAAUAGACUUGCAAAGCAAAGAGAGAAAAGAAAACAAGAAACUGUUUCAGAGAGGGAAAGUAGACUUGCAAAGCAAGGAGAGAAAAGAAAACAGGCAAAACAACAAGAAACUGUUGCAGAGAGAGAGAAUAGACUUGCAAAGCAAAGAGAGAAAAGAAAACAAGAAACUGUUUCAGAGAGGGAAAAUAGACUUGCAAAGCAAGGAGAGAAAAGGAAACAGGCAAAACAACCAGAAACUGUUGCAGAGAGAGAGAAUAGACUUGCAAAGCAAAGAGAGAAAAGAAAACAAGAAACUGUUUCAGAGAGGGAAAAUAGACUUGCAAAGUAAGGAGAGAAAAGAAAACAGGCAAAACAACAAGAAACUAUUGCAGAGAGAGAGAAUAGACUUGCAAAGCAAAGAGAGAAAAGAAAACAAGAAACUGUUUCACAGAGGGAAAAUAGACUUGCAAAGCAAGGAGAGAAAAGGAAACAGGCAAGACAACCAGAAACUGUUGCAGAGAGAGAGAAUAGACUUGCAAAGCUAAGGCAGAAAAGAAAACAGGUAAAACAACACGAAACUGUUGUACAAAAUCAUUACAGGCAACUGAUAACAGGCUUUACAACCGACAACAGAACGUUCAUUGAUCAUUUAUACACAAAUUUAAUUGAAGAGGAAAUUGAAGCUGGUAUUCUAGAAACUUACUUUAGUGAUCAUAAAGCAAUAUGGGCUUCUCUUAGGACAUAGAAAUAAUAAUUAUAUACCAUUCAAUUAAGGUAUUGCAAAGAUAGCAAGCCAUUGUGCCAUUGCAUACGAAUGUUAUUAAGACAAGCCAUUGCGCCACUCCCAGUGUUAUUAAGGCAAGCCAUUGCGCCACUCCCAGUGUUAUUAAGGCAAGCAGCUGUCCACUGCCAAUGUUAUUAAGACAAGCCACUGUCAAUAUUAUGAAAAUAAGUCUUUGUGUGGACGAUGGCUACAUUUAGGUAAGUCUUCUUUUUCUCUUUCCCCCUCUCCCUUCCCUUUGUUUAUGUGUUUAAUUGUGUUUUUUUUCUUCUUUUUUAGAUAUCUCUAUACAUUAACAUGAUCACAUUAAUUACACCCGUUUUCAAAAUUACGCGACCAAGGACGAAAAUGCUAGAGUUGAUAUGUCAGUUUUAAGUCAUUCAGUCACGAAGUUUAAACUUUGAGUUUUGCG